CGGAAAGACCGCAGAGGUGGGCGAAUAAUGAAACAAAAACGUCAAAGAGAGGAACAGGAUUCCAGGAAUGGGGAGGCUUCUUCUACAGAGCUGCGAGCUCCCACCCUUUGGACAAGUCCACUGGUGGUUAAACAUAACAAGAAGAACAGUCCAGCCCUGUCCCUGACGGCAGAACAGAUGGUCAGUGCCCUGCUGGAAGCUGAACCACCCAUAGUUUAUUCUGAAUAUGACCCAAAUAGACCAUUCAACGAAGCCUCUAUGAUGACCUUGUUGACCAACCUUGCAGACAGAGAAUUAGUGCACAUGAUCAACUGGGCAAAGAGAGUUCCAGGAUUUGUGGAUUUAACACUCCAUGAUCAGGUCCAUCUACUGGAAUGUGCCUGGUUAGAGAUACUGAUGAUUGGCUUAGUCUGGCGCUCCAUGGAACACCCAGGAAAGCUUUUAUUUGCACCUAACCUAUUACUGGACAGGAAUCAAGGGAAAUGUGUAGAGGGCAUGGUGGAAAUCUUUGACAUGCUGCUGGCUACGGCUGCUCGGUUUCGCAUGAUGAACCUUCAAGGGGAGGAAUUUGUGUGCCUUAAGUCCAUCAUCCUGCUCAAUUCUGGUGUGUACACUUUUCUUUCCAGCACCUUGAAAUCUCUGGAAGAGAGAGACUAUAUUCACCGUGUUCUGGACAAAAUCACAGACACUCUGAUACACUUAAUGGCUAAGUCGGGUCUUUCUCUGCAGCAGCAACACAGACGAUUGGCUCAGCUCCUCCUCAUCCUCUCUCACAUCAGACACAUGAGCAACAAAGGAAUGGAGCACCUGUACAACAUGAAGUGUAAAAACGUAGUUCCACUCUAUGAUCUCUUGCUGGAGAUGCUGGACGCUCAUCGACUGCAUGCCCCGGCAGCCAGGAGUGCUGCACCGAUGGAAGAGGAGAACCGGAGCCAGCUGACAACUGCAUCAGCUUCAUCUCAUUCCUUGCAGUCUUUUUAUAUAAACAGCAAAGAAGAGGAGAAUAUGCAGAAUACGAUAUAAACAGAAGUCAGCAAGAAUAAUGGAAUGAGAAACCCAGCAGCGUACUACCUAGCUCCUGCUUCACUUCGUCUAUAGUGCCACCUAUGUAAACACUCCAAUGACAACAGUC